GCCCAAGUUACUUUCCGAUUUCCCUCCCGAAAGACACACCCAGCACGAUGGAAAGCGCCGCCGAUUUGAAGACGACCCCUGUGGACCCUCGUUUCCCGACCCAAAACCAAACCCAACACUGCUGGGUCCGAUACAACGAAUGGGCUUUGUGUUUGAAGAAGAACGACGAUGACGAAGAUGCGUGCAAGAAGCACCGCCAGUACGCCAAGUCGCUCUGCCCUGGCUCGUGGCUUGAAAAGUGGGACACGGAACGCGACGAAGGCAACUUCUCGGGUGUUCCCAAGUAAAUAAUCGUCUGUGCACUUCGGCCUUUUCGCUGGACAGCACCGUAGAUUGCUAUAUGCCACUAAACGCGCUGCAAUAUUCUUCGACUCCGUCUUCAGAAGUGCGUGCGUGCAAGAAAGCGAGGUGCACCGAUGUUGGAGACUGGAUGCGGCAGGACGAAUUGUUCACCAUGGCAGGAGAUUCGUGAAAGAAUGAACAGACCCCCACUCUUCACAUUGACCAGGAGAUGAUCACUGGACAUGUCAAAUGUAGGGUAAGUCACAAUGCAUCCAAAGCGGCGCCACCGAGCUUGGCCCCAUGUGGCGGCGGGCGUGCUCUGCAUAGGAUAGCGCAAAAGAGACAUACUUAAUAUGAGUACUUUAUCGGGUGGUGUCAAGUGAUUAAAAUCAC